AUGGAUUGGAAUGGCACCAUUCGACCCUUUAUUUCACGACUAGAACCUUCUCUUAACUUCCCUUAUAACUAUAAUUAUAAUCAAUAUCCAGGUGUGGAGGACAUGAACAAUCAAGGAUUUGAAGAAGCUGGCAAUGGGUUGGUUCCAGAUUUGAAUAUGAACAGCUUCAAGAACAAUGGUAAAGGUAACAACAAGAAGAAGAAGAGGUUGACAAGUGAUCAGUUAGAUUCGUUGGAAAGGAGUUUCCAAGAAGAGAAUAAGUUGGAUCCCGACAGGAAAAUGAAGCUUUCCAAGGAACUUGGACUUCAACCAAGACAAAUCGCUGUCUGGUUCCAAAACAGGCGUGCUAGAUGGAAAGCUAAACAGCUUCAACACUCAUAUAAUACGCUUAAACAUGAGUAUGAUGUUAUCUAUAUGGAAAAGCAAAUGCUACAAGACGAGGUGAUGGAAUUGAAAGGAAUGCUAAUGGAACAGGCGACAAGGAACCAAGUCUCCACGGUUUACAAGGAAAUCUCCGGCGGAGAGACCAUCGAAAGUAGCUCGAUUCGGAGCUCGAACAAGCCGAGUAUAGCAGGAAACGACUAUGAUCCGAUAGUUGAAUGUAACAAUAUUUUCAAUAAGGAUGAGAAUAACCCAGUUUCCACUCACUACUGGGAUAUUCAACUCCCUUCUUAUCCCUAA